AUGCAUUGAUUUGGUUGUGCCAGCUUUGAGCUUUCUGUAUUCAUAUGUCAGUAAAAUGUUUGCUCUCAAAAACAGAAUAUUUUGUAGUCUGAAAUUUGCAAGAUGUUGCCAGAGCAGGAAUUUAAGCUGUUUUACGUCUGUAUCAUGUGUAUUUCAUGUCCACAGAGUGGGAAAAGCAACUUUAGAGAGUGUUAACCUGAAAGGCAGCAGCUUUCUAACACUAAAGGACUUUAAUGCAGAGGAAAUUAAACAUAUCCUGUGGGUUUCUGCUGACCUUAAGCAUCGAAUAAAGCACAGGGGCGAGUAUGUCCCAGUACUUCAAGGCAAAUCUAUUGCCAUGAUAUUUGAAAAGAGGAGCACUAGGACCCGCAUGUCCACUGAAACAGGCUUCUCUCUGUUGGGUGGCCAUCCAUGUUUUCUCACACCCCAAGAUAUUCAUCUGGGCACCAAUGAAAGCACCACAGACACGGCCAGGGUGCUCUCUGGUUUGGCAGAUAUCGUGUUAGCUCGGGUGUAUAGUCACUCAUCUCUGGAGCUCCUGGAUAAAGAUGCUUCUAUACCAAUCAUCAAUGGCCUGUCUGAUCUCUACCACCCUAUACAGAUUCUAGCGGACCUACUGACACUGCAGGAGCAUUAUGGCUCAUUAAAAGGCCUCACUCUGGCUUGGAUAGGUGAUGGAAACAAUGUUCUUCACUCCUUCAUGAUGUCAUUGACCAAACUAGGUGUCAAUCUAAAAGUGGCCACACCCAAGGGUUAUGAGCCAGAUGCUAACAUCACUCAAGAGGCUCAGCGUCUCUCUAAGCAGUUUGGGACCAAGUUGCAAUUCCUGACAGAUCCAAUGGAGGCAGCACAGGACAGUAAUGUGCUGGUUACUGACACUUGGGUGAGCAUGGGCCAAGAGGAGGAGAAGAAGAAGAGACUGAAAGAUUUCCAUGGUUACCAGAUCACAAUGCAGGCAGGAAGUGUGGCUGCACCAGACUGGACAUUUCUACACUGUCUCCCACGUAAAGCAGAGGAAGUAGACGAUGAAGUUUUCUACUCACCACGUUCCCUUGUGUUUACAGAAGCUGAGAACCGCAAGUGGACCAUUAUGGGUUUGAUGGUGUGCAUCCUGACAGACUAUAGGCCGCAAAUUCCCAAACUCAAAUUUUAAAAAAAUUUGAAAAACAAAACAAAAUUUGUAAUAAUGUGUCUCAAAACUCUUUGAAAAUGGGCGGUUUAAUGGAGAAAUAAACAAUCAAUUGUUCUAAAUUCA